CGUGUUUAUUAAAUAAUUUAAUGAUUGAGAAUUAUGGAGACAGAUACCAUCUUAUUGACAAAAAGGCUUUAGAAGAUAAAAAAUUAGAUAGAGAUUAGCUUGUGGAUUUUGUGAAAAAUUCAGGUAUAAGUGAAAUAGGGAAAAAUUACAAUAUUGUGUCAAUAAUAGGUAGUCAAAGUACAGGAAAGAGUACAUUGCUAAAUUAGUUAUUUGGAACAAAAUUUGAUGUCUAGAAUAGAUAAUAAAGUGUAGGUUAAACAACAGUUGGUAUUUGGAUUUCAAAAGAUGUCUAAAAUAAUGUUGUAGUACUAGAUGUUGAAGGAUCAGACUCUGUAGAGCGUAAAUCAGGGGAAAAUGUAUUUAAUAAUAAUUAAAAGUUUAUUAGAUGGUUGAAAAUUAAACAGCAUUAAUGGCUUUGGCAAUGUCACAUUGUUUUAUAAUAAAUGUUUUUCUUAAUGCAUUAGGUUAACAUACAAGUUGUCAAUUAUCAAUCAUAAAAAUAAUUAUGCAAUAGAAUCUAAAAUUGUUUUAAUAGGACACAGUUAAACAUAUUAUCUUUGUUGUUAGAGAUUGGGAUGAAGAUGCAAAUUAUGAUGAAGCUUCUCGUAGAUUGAAUGGUUAUUUAUUGAAUAUUUGGAAAGAGAUUCCAAAAGUAUUAAUUCUAUUUAUAAUAGCCUGAUUAAUAUAAAGAGACAGAUUUUCAUGAAUUAUUUAGUGUUUAAGUAUUUACAUUAGUAUAUUACAAAAUGAAAAAAGAAUUUGCUGAAUAAACAAAUUAACUUCAUUCUAAAUUAGCAAAUUAACAAGAUCCUAAUUUUAUUUUUUAAAAUUUUGAUUAUGAAAAAAAUGUUAGAUGGUCUGAUAUGCCAUAAUAUUUAUCAAAUAUUUGGGAAGUGAUAUCAAAUAAUAAAGAUUUAAAUUUACCAAAUGAGAAAAUUCUAAUUUCCAAUAUGAGAUGUUAAUAAAUAAAAUUAGAGGCAUUGGAAGGAGUGAAAUAAUUAAAUGAAGUAAAAUUAUUAUAUAUUUAAAUAAUAAUAGGAUUUAUAGAAUAGAGUAAGAAUUAAAUAUGUUGAUAAUUUUGGAUAAGAAUGUUAAACAAUAUUAAAUAAGGCUAGAAAAAUAUAUGAUAAAGAUGCUAGAGAUUAUCAUAUUGAAGUUUACAAAGAAAAAGAAAAAGAAUUAAAAGAUGAAUUAAUUAAUAGAUUUUAUACAUUCUUUUAAAAAUAAACAGAAUAACUCAAACAUUAUUAUAUGGAAUUGUUAGCUGAAAAUCUUGAAUAAUUAAAAAAAGAAAGUAAUAAAAUUAUUUAAUGGAUUAGGUAUUUAUAAUUUACCAGAUAAAUUAAAUGAAUUGGAUUUAUUAAAAUUAUAAUUUGAAGAAAAAAUAACAAAAUCUGUAAUAGAAGUAGGAUAAUGGCAAGAAGAGGAUCAUAUUAGAUAUUUUAAAUAAUAGUUUGAUAAUCAUACAAAAUAAUUUGUAGAAGCUUAAUUAGCAACUUUUAAAUAAUAAUUAGACAAUAUAAUUAAAUCAGAAUGUGACAAGAUUGUAAGUUAAUAAGUUUUAAAUAUAUCACCAAAAUUUUGGUUAUAAAUAGAAAUGGAUUAUUAUUCUAUGAUUUAAGAUAAAUAUUAAAAAUACGAGAUAUUAUUAUUAGGAUUGAGAGUCUAAUUAAAAUAGGUUGAAGAUUAUUUAAAUAAAUUUGAAGAAGAUAGUUUUUAUAAUCUAAAAUAAGUAAUAGCAGUAGCUAGUGGUAGAUUUAAAGAUUAAUUAUUUUAAUAAUUUAAAUCUUAAUUUGUUAGAGCUUCAGAUGGAUAACCAAGAAAUUGGUAGAAAUUGACAGAAGAAGAAAUCUUUCACAUUUAUACAGAAGCAAGAGACAAAGUGUUUUCAUUAUUAGAAUUAUUGAGAAUAAGAAAAAUUAAAUUUAUUAGACAAUAAUUUACAAUGAAACAAAAGGCAAAAACUCUAAUAAUUCCUUCGGGUCAAAAAAUAUAAUAUUAAAUAGCAUCAGAUACAGAUUCUGAUGAUAUAGUACUAAAUGAAGUUUUUUAUACUUAAGUAAAAAUGUAAUUGGCAGAAGAUAUUGAUGUUUAAUAUUAAGAUGCAAUUUAAAAACAUGUAAUAAUAAAUAUGAAUUAAUUUUUUAGAAAUAAGACUUCCUUUAAAAUAUACCAAAACCAUUUUGGUUCUUAUUGUUAUUCUUUAUGUAUGAUGAUGUUUUAAGAUGGAUGGGCAAUCCACUAUUUCUGUAUCCAAUAUUGAUUAUCUUAUGUUUUGUUGGAUUUUGUAUUGCUAUAGGUAUUAUAUAACAAUAAUUAUUACUUUAUAGGUCUCCAUAGCUUGCCUAAAUUAGCAUUUUAAUGGGUCUUUAGAACAUUUAAUCAGGCUGUUAUUCCUCUAAUAUUUGGAGGAAUUUCAAAAUUAAAAGGAAGUUGAAUGAUUAUUUUAAUAAUCUAUAAUAAAUAUAUU